AGACAACUUUUCCCCGAGUCAAGUCUUCAGUUCGAGCUCAGACAACGCCCGCGCAAGCUGUGCCCACAACAACAGUCUUGGCGACAUGGCGAAAAACGCGAAUGAAGCUCUGCUGUACGCUGCUGAGAGAGGGUGCAUUCAGGGCGUCAAAGCCGCUUUGAAAGCAGGUGCAGACAUUGACUACGCCGGCGCCCAGGACGGCCACGAGAUCACCGAUGCAACAGCUCUGUACAUCGCUUCCUUCUUGGGACAUGCCGACGUAGUGAGGCUGCUGAUCCGCAAGGGGGCGUCUUUAACGAAGAGAUCCAUUGGGAAAUCUAAUUCUCCCCUUCUUAUAGCAGCGGCCAAAGGGUACACAGAAGUGGUGGAGUUGCUGGUACGUCAUGGUGCAACAUUAGACACACGGGACGCCUACCAGAGGACGCCCCUCAUGGUGGCCUGUUCUUACAAACAGGUCGACAUAGCUCGGCGACUGAUCGAGUUCGGAGCAAGAGCUGAUUUGACUGACGCCAAAGGCUUGACGGCCCAACAGCACUGCGAAAGGGACGUAGAGCUUACGAAGCUGGUACAAGAGGCACUGCAUACCAGGCUGCUGAGAUGCUGCAACACUACAUGCGGCAAACCGGGCUAUAGGUCCACCCUGAAGCUGUGUGCCCAGUGCAAGCUGACCCGGUACUGCAGCCGAGACUGUCAGAGACAACACUGGCUUAUCGGACACCAGAAGAGCUGCGGACACGACACGUUCUCUGACGAUGGCUCAAACCCCUUUCUAAAAUUGUCCAAGUUGAAGACUGUGAAACAAAAAUGUGUGCAAAUAUAGCUUAGGACAAGUGUAUCAAACGUAGCUCUACAACUUUUUGCAUGUUCAGCUUUGUUUGAAAUGCCCAAACGUCACUUCAGGGUGCAAAAGUAUUGUUUUGGGUGGCUGACUGUGAGUAGUGGGCUUGUCUAUGUCUGUGCCAAGGAGCUUGCUCCUAGAUUGUUAACCUCCUUGGUCUAUAAUUUUUUUUUUAUAUUUCAAUAUCUAAUCACAAGACGUGGUGACGGCACACUCAAGUUGUUUCAACUUAUA